GCGCAUGCGCGGUGGGGAAAAAAAGGCGGUUGGAGGAGCGCGCGGGGACGCUGGCCGUCGUGAAGCCCUGAGGCGACGAUGUGGCACGGCAAGGCGCGGGCCCUGCUAGCGGUGGGGUUCGGCAUGGCUCUCGAGGCGCUGGCCUGCUGGCUAAUAGGGCGGCUGGGUCGGUCGUCGUCGUCGCCGUCGUGGUGGUGGUGGUGGUGGUUGUGGCGGCGGCGGCCGCCUUCCCCGGUACGCGAGGUGCUUUUCUUCCCGUCGCGCGUGACGUGCGUGGAGUCGCUGCUGGCGGAGGAGACGGCGACCCCGUGCGCGUGCCUGCUGCCCCACGGCGAGAGCGCGCUCGGGAGGCUCCUGACUCGCCUGCUGUCGGCGCGUCGCUCGCUGGACCUUUGCGUCUUCGCCUUCUCCAGCCCGCAGCUCGGCCGCGCCGUCGGCCUCCUGCACCAGAGGGGCGUCCACGUGCGCGUCGUCACCGACACCGACUACAUGGCCCUCAAGGGAUCGCGGAUCGGCGAACUCCGGCGAGCCGGAAUUCAGGUACGUCAUGAUCAGGAUAGUGGCUACAUGCACCAUAAGUUUGCCAUCAUUGACAAAAAAUUGCUGAUCACUGGCUCCCUGAACUGGACUACUCAAGCCAUUCAAAACAACAGAGAGAACCUGCUGGUAGUUGAAGACAGGGAUUGUGUGAAUCUUUUCCUGGCAGAAUUUGAAAGGAUUUGGGAGGACUACAAUCCGGCUCAUUACACAUUUUUCCCCAAAGAAGAACAGCAGGUACAGAAAAAGGAUAAAACUAUUCCUCAAACAAAAUUGUAGCUUAAAUGACUAUUUUGAAGCAGUAAAAAUUUUAGUCCAAAGACUAGUUCCUAAGUUAUGUGUUUCAGAAUGGCAUAAAUUGCUUUAGGAGUAACUAAACGCAAAUUUAUGCUUCUUUAAAAAAUUGUACAAGCAACAUAUUGUGUGUUUGAAUUAUUUUUUUGAAAAAUAGAUGGCCUGUACUUGUGUGCUAUUAUAUCUGUUCUCAAUAAAGCAU